AUGACUACCGCAUCCAUUCUUACAUUGGACAACAAUCUGUCGGUCUUCAUACGCGACAAUGUGGCCUUCCUGGAACCGAUGCUCGCUGCUCAUGGCAUACAUUUUGCCACGUUCACGCGGCAAAAAUUUGUGAAAGUCGUUCACCCGGAAACCUGCACGCCGGACUACAUACGAUUUUUUCUCAUGGAAUGCUUCGCCGCUUUCAACUAUGAAAGGGCUAUACACCUGUCGAAAUUGGACAUCACAGAGCCAAACAAGCGCACGGAAAAUCUCAACGAGCUGCAAUACGUGGUCGCGAGGCAUUACAAAGAGUGGAUAUGUCUGCUGACUGGUGUUUCGAUUGAGUACAAUUUGGACCGUUCUGUGACACUCAUUGGCGAAGCACCCGCUUGUGAAACGGCCUUGCAAGUCAUCAAUCACCUCGCAGGUCAACUCGUCGCCUCUGCUACUGAGCCUAAUGCUACGCUGCAACGGGACGUGUCGGCGGCUGCAGACUGUGAAGCCCAGGCGGCCCAACUAAAAGAAUCGAAGGAAAGGCGCUUCAUGAACACUACGCCAACGCUUUCUCGCCCCAAUCAGCAAGGUUCGCUACAAUACUUGCUGUCUAUGCAAAACACGUUACAAUCUCCGUCCACGACGAGCAGUCGCAGCGAGCGAUACUUCAAAGACGGGAUGAAAACUCCAACAUUCCCGCUCACGCCCAUCAGUCCGUUGCGGCUUCCGACGAUGGACCGUCAGCGCACGGCUUUCUACGUGAAUUCAGCGGAGGCACCACGCCUCAUCGGGACUCGUGGAAUCAACAAGAAGAAGCUGGAAAACAUCACGGGCUGCCAGCUGAUGCUUCACACUGAGAGCCGAUGUGAUGGGAUGUUCCCGAUUGAAGUGCUUGGCGAGUCGGAAGCGGUCUGUGAGGCCGCGAAACAAACGAUCCUCGAGUAUCUGGCCAGCAGUGCAACCAUCCCCGGGGCUGAAACUCCCUGCAAGUCGACCGUGCCGGCCAAAGUUGUUCUCCAGCUCUCGCCGAGAAAGAAGCCGGUCGUCGACAGUGCGCUGAACGAGGAA